UAAAUAAAAUCUUUUUUUAUUUAACAAAGCAUAUUAUGGGAAUUUCAAGAGACAGUAGACACAAAAGAAGACUUACAGGAGGUCGUAUGCCAAUCCAUAAGAAAAAGAGAGCCUUUGAGAAAGGAAGAUAAGCAGCUAUGACUAAAUUGGUAUCAGGAGAAAAAAGAGUAAGAAGAUUAAGAGUUCGAGGAGGAAAUUUCAAAUUUAGAGCUCUUCGUUUAUCAGAAGGCAAUUUCUCAUGGGGAAGCCAAGGUGUUGCUAAAAAAGCUAAAAUUGUUGAAGUAGUUUAUCAUCCAUCAAAUAAUGAAUUGGUUAGAACAAAGACACUUACAAGAGGAGUGAUUGUUUAAGUAGAUGCAACUCCAUUUAGAUAAUGGUAUGCAAAGAAAUAUAAUGUUGAAUUGGGAUCAAAGAAGAAAGACAAGAAAGUAUUAAUUAUUUUAAAAUUAGGAAGGACAACCUGAAUAAGUUAAAAAAUCAAGAAGUCUUAUCAAGAAAUUAGAAGAGAGAGCUAAGGAAAAUGCUAUUGAUACAUUUGUUUAAGAAUAAUUUACCAAUUAAAGAUUAUUGGUAAGAAUUACAUCAAGACCAGGAUAAUCAGGAAGAGCUGAUGGUUAUAUUUUAGAAGGAAAAGAAUUAGAAUUUUAUAUUAAGAAAGUCGAAUAAAAGAAGAAAUGAUUGCAUUAUUAAUACAUUAUAUUGCACAAAAUCAGUAC